UAUUAGAGUCUUAAUUACGUAUUAUUAAGUACUUCAUAUAUACAACAUACAAUGUUCCGUAUUUUGAAACUAACACAGUGUUCAAGAUUGUUGAAUAAAAAUAGUGUACUUCGACAUGCCCGUGGAUUAACGUUGAGCAAUUUUCGAAAUGGAAAUCUUGAAAAAUUAUUCCCAAAAAAAGACGAAUUUCAAACCAGACACAUUGGCCCCCGAAAACACGAACAACUAGAGAUGUUGAAGACUCUUGGAUUUGAGAGUUUAGAGGAAUUGACAAAGGCAGCUAUUCCAGGAAAAAUUCUUUACAAAGAAGCAUUGAAGAUUGAACAACCAGUCACUGAAUACGAGUUGCUAAAAAGGAUCGUAAAAAUUUCGGAAAAGAAUGACAUAUGGCGUUCGUAUAUUGGCAUGGGGUAUAACAACUGUUGUGUUCCUCACACUAUUAUGAGGAACAUAUUUGAAAACCCAGGAUGGACAACACAGUAUACCCCUUACCAGCCAGAAAUUUCUCAAGGCAGGCUCGAAGGUUUGCUGAAUUAUCAAACGAUGAUAUGCGAUUUAACUGGAAUGGAAGUAGCGAAUGCAUCGCUUCUGGACGAAGGCACUGCAGCAGCAGAAGCUCUAGCUCUCACUUGUAGGAGCAAUAAGAGAAAGAAAUUAUUCGUUUCUGACAAAGUUCAUCCUCAAACUAUCAGCGUGAUCGCGACACGUGCAACUUCUCUAGAUCUUGAUCUUGCAAUUGGAGAUGUUUUUCAAGUGGACACAAGCGCAAAGGACAUAGCUGGAAUUCUUUUCCAAUAUCCCGACACGACUGGAUCUAUCUACGCGUUUGAGAACGUAGUGAAGAAGGCGCAUGCAGAUGGAACACUAGUCUGUGCUGCCACGGAUUUGUUGGCUCUGGCCAUACUCAAGCCUCCAAGCGAAUUUGGAGUUGAUAUAUGUGUCGGUACGAGUCAGCGUUUUGGAGUACCACUUGGGUAUGGUGGACCUCAUGCUGGGUUCUUCGCAUGUCGACAAAAAUUAGUACGAUUGAUGCCUGGUAGAAUGAUUGGUGUUACCAAAGAUUCGAAUGGUCAGGAUGCGUAUCGUUUGGCUCUUCAAACCCGCGAACAGCAUAUUAGGAGGGACAAAGCUACCAGCAAUAUCUGCACAGCACAAGCAUUAUUGGCAAAUAUGUCUGCUAUGUACGCCGUGUAUCAUGGAUCCGAAGGAAUAAGAAAUAUUUCAAACAGGGUACAUCUUUUCACCUUGGUUCUAGCAAAAGGUCUAGAAAAAGCAGGGAAUAAAAUGGAAAAUGAACAUUUCUUUGAUACUAUAAAAAUAUUGCCCAAAGAGUCUAUGAAAGCUAUAAAGGAAAGUGCGACUAUGUUUAAAAUAAACUUUAGAUACUAUGAGGACGGAGUUGGAAUAUCUCUAGACGAAACUACUACAGAAGGGGACAUAAACGACAUCUUUCAAAUAUUUUCUGCGAACACUACGUUUGAAGAAAUGUGUGAGGAUGAAUCUUGCAUGGACAGGAGCUUGGAUAAGUCGCAAUUCAUUCGUACUACGUCGUAUUUGCAACAUCCUGUAUUCAAUAGCCACCAGUCUGAAACAAGAAUAGUUAGAUAUAUGAAAUCCUUGGAAAAUAAGGAUGUGUCUCUGGUGCACAGCAUGAUACCACUGGGAUCCUGUACGAUGAAAUUGAAUUCCACCACGGAAAUGAUGCCUUGCAGUCUACGAGGAUUCACAGAUAUACAUCCUUUCGUUCCCAUCGAACAAACCAAAGGGUAUCAGCAGCUAUUCGCUGAACUGGAGCAGGAUCUUUGUGCUAUAACCGGUUAUGAUAACAUCAGCUUUCAACCGAACAGUGGAGCUCAAGGAGAAUACGCUGGUCUAAGGGCCAUACAAUGUUUCCACGAGUCCAAUGGAAAUAAGCAUCGUCAAGUGUGCCUAAUUCCUAUCUCUGCUCACGGUACAAAUCCCGCUUCUGCUCAGAUGGCAGGUAUGCAGGUCAAGCCUAUCCUCGUACAGAAAGACGGUUCUGUGGACAUUACACACUUGACAGAAAUGAUCGAUAAAUACCGAAAAACAUUGUCUUGCUUGAUGAUAACUUAUCCAUCGACGAAUGGCGUGUUUGAAGAGACGAUUGGCGAUAUUUGUUCUAUGGUUCAUGAAGCUGGUGGUCAAGUGUAUCUGGAUGGGGCUAAUAUGAAUGCUCAAGUUGGAUUAUGUCGUCCUGGUGAUUAUGGCAGCGAUGUCUCACAUUUGAACUUACAUAAAACGUUCUGUAUACCUCAUGGUGGUGGAGGACCUGGAAUGGGACCCAUUGGAGUUAAACGGCAUCUUACACCUUUUCUUCCAUCUCAUCCUGUUAUCAAUUGUUCUGGCAAUGGUAAUGCCAAUGCGAAGCAAUCUGGCGCGGUAUCGGCUGCUCCAUUUGGAUCGUCCGCUAUUUUACCAAUUUCGUGGGCCUAUAUUAAGAUGAUGGGACCGAAAGGAUUAAGGAAAGCCACGCAAGUUGCUAUUCUAAAUGCCAAUUAUAUGAGUAAAAGGCUGGGGAAUCAUUAUAAGAUUCUAUAUAAAGGAAAGACAGGAUUAGUAGCGCAUGAAUUUAUUUUGGAUGUGCGGGACUUUAAGAAGACAGCGAAUAUCGAGGUUGCGGAUAUUGCUAAAAGAUUAAUGGAUUAUGGUUUUCAUGCUCCAACAAUGAGCUGGCCUGUGGUAGGUACAUUAAUGAUCGAACCAACUGAAUCUGAGGACAAAAAGGAAUUGGACAGAUUUUGCAAUUCUCUCAUUUCUAUAAGACAAGAAAUUAGCGAUAUUGAAAAUGGUAAAUUUGAUAUUGCUAAUAACCCAUUGAAAAUGGCACCACAUACUCAGGAACAAGUAAUAUCGAGUACGUGGGACCGACUCUACUCUCGUGAAGUAGCUGCAUUUCCAGCUCCAUUUGUAAAAGGAAGUAAUAAGAUUUGGCCAAGUGUUGGAAGGAUAGAUGAUAUAUACGGAGACAAGAACCUAUUCUGUACAUGUCCCCCUGUCUUACCCGAGCAGUAAAUAU